GAGACAACAGAAGCAAAGGGAGCGCAUAUGUAAAACGGUUUACAACAAGCUCUUUGAGAGCUACACGAGCUGCAUUCAGGCGUUCAACGCGACCGCAUACUACGAAUCCCUGGACUUGGACCCAUUGGACCUGUUCGUGGAUGGGGUGAAUGCAUCGAGCGGCGAAAGGAACGACAGCUGGGCGGACGGAGGAAACGGGACACUUGGAGGCAGAGACGAGGUCACUUUACAGCCCGUCCUGCCGCCCUUCGAACAAUGGCAAACCAUCCUGAUCGCCAUCUGUCUUGGCCUCUGCAUCGUCCUCACCGUUGGUGGCAACAUCCUCGUGCUCUUAGCCUUUCUCGUCGACCGCAACAUCCGUCAACCCAGCAACUACUUUAUCGCUUCUCUGGCGGCCACGGACAUGCUAAUUGGUACGGUUUCGAUGCCCUUUUACACGGUGUACGUGUUGAUGGGCUAUUGGAAUUUGGGUCCGCUCUUGUGCGAUCUGUGGCUCUCAGUGGAUUACACCGUCUGUCUGGUGUCUCAAUACACGGUGCUCUUAAUAACGAUCGAUCGAUUCUGCUCGGUGAAAAUAGCCGCAAAGUACAGGAGCUGGAGAACGAAAAAUAGAGUUGUUUGGAUGGUAACGAUCACUUGGAUCAUCCCGACUCUGCUCUUUUUCAUCAGCAUCUUCGGAUGGGAGCACUUCAUCGGUUACAGGGAUUUGCUGCCGGGAGAAUGUGCCGUGCAGUUCCUGAAAGAUCCGAUCUUUAAUACGGCCUUGAUUAUCGGAUACUACUGGACAACGUUGAUCGUUCUGUUUAUCUUGUAUGGAGGGAUUUACAAGACUGCAUACGAGAUGCAAAAGAAGAGCGAGGCCAAGCAGAGAAAAAUGCAAUCCAUGGUUGCGUUGAGUGCUGGAGCUAUGUCUGGGAUGGCCGGAAGAGCCGCCGGGAUUGGACUGUCCAAGACGCAGAGCACUCUUCUGAGCCAGGAUAAGCCUAAUGUCGUUCCGAGCAAUCCGCCGCAGAAUCUGGGCGCAAAGGAGAACGUGCCAGACUCGAAUUCCAGCCAGAAAACUGGAAGCUCUACGACGAAGCAGAGCGUGGUGACCGUCAGCACUACGGUAGAAGGCGAGAAGACUUUGAAUCUUCCGAACAAUCAGAACGAGAACGACAAGUCUGAGAGGAGCAGCAGCCCUGCCUUCGAUUCGGACGAGGAUAGCACGACGACGCAGCAGAACCAGCAGCAACGGAAGAGGUCUUCUAUUGUGGGCAUCGUCGUGCAGAUUGGGACGGCUCAGCUGUUCAAAGAUCAGCAGCAGCAGCAGCGCAGCAACGGGGAAGUUCCUAGCGGUGAUCCGUUGGAGGUGCCGCUGCCUCUGAUCGCGGAGCAGCGCAGCGAAGCAUCCGGAUCCGGUGUGGUAUGUAUGGGCAUGGAUCCCCCGAGUACCAAGUCAUCACCGUCAUUCUCGCAAAAAUCGCAAAACAUCAUCCCCCCGCCGAGCCAGUUCUGUUGUUCCGAGUCGAGCCCACCACCACCAACCCCAAAAAGUAGACCCAAAAGCCUGCAAGUGAUCUCCCAUCAAACGUACGACGUCCUUCUGGGCCUCGACGGCGCCGACCUCCGAUACAUGGACGAGAGUUCCGUAGUUGUACCAUCCCCCGUAUGCGAAACCCCGCCUCAGCCCAACUCCCCAACAACUAACAAUUCUUUACUGCAGAGCGCUCUUCUAAAGCAAGCAGUUAAGCAGCAGAAGAUGGCCGAAACGGCGGUCACUCUCACCGUCUGCGAGAAACCCGUCACGUCGGUGGUCAGCGAGACCGAUGCGGACGGAGACGGCAGCGAGCCGAGCACUCCCCAAGGAGGCGGCACCUCGGCAAUCAGCCAGACAGAGACCGAAGAUGCGGCCAGCAAACGCGACUUCGUCAAGAGCAUCGGCAAGAAGCUCAAGAAGAAGAAACCGUUGGCCGGACCGGGCGGACCCUUCGGUCAGUUCGGACGUCAGAAGAGCAAAUCCGAGAACCGAGCCCGCAAAGCAUUCCGCACGAUCUCCUUCAUCCUGGGCGCCUUCGUCUGCUGCUGGACACCGUACCACGUGCUCGCACUCGUCGAGGGUUUUUGCUCCACGCCACCGUGCACCAACGGACACCUCUUCAUGUUCUGCUACUUCCUCUGCUACGCCAACAGCCCUCUCAACCCCUUCUGCUACGCCCUGGCAAAUCAGCAAUUCAAAAAGACUUUCACGCGCAUCCUCAAGGGAGACUUUCACAUCACGUAAACAAUUCCAAAAAUCAUCCACCAACAACAGCAAAAAAGAAACAACAAUAAAAAAAAAACAAGCAAAACUGAAAACACCAAUCAACGGCGAUAAGUAAAACGUAAUUUAGAGAAACCGCGUGUUUCGGGGAAGCCUUGUUAUAUAAGUAACUUCGUGUUCAAAAGUUUAGUUCGUAAACAAAAAAAAAAAGUAAGAAAUUUAACAAGUAUAAAAGAAAAGAAAAUCAAUAACAAAAAUGGACAAUAAUUAGCUUAACUCGGCUUUCUCCUUUUUACUUUCCAAUAUUAAUAAUAAGUAAAUUUAAAAAAAAUAAUAAUGGG